UCACAACAGAUAUGUGGUCAAGCGUUAACAUGAUGCCCUAUAUGAGCGUGACAGUUCAUUACCUGAACACCAACUGGGAGCUGAAGUCAAGGUGUUUGGAGACAUCCUUCAUGCCAGAAAGUCACACAAGUGAUAACCUCUCCGAGGCUCUGCGAUCAGCUCUUAAAGAAUGGUCUCUGGAUGAGAAGAGGUUGGCUUGUGUCACUAGUGAUAACGGAGCAAACAUUGUGGCUGCGGUGAGAAAACUUGGAUGGGGAUGGCUACCAUGCUUCGGCCACAACCUCCAUUUAGCCGUCACUAACUCCAUGAACGCAGAAAAAGAACGCACUGCCCGGGCCAUGGGUUUGUGUCGAACGCUUGUGAACGCUUUCUCCCAUAGCUGGCAAAAGAAGCAACGGCUUCAGAAAGAACAAACUGAGCUGGACCUGCCUCAGCACUCCUUAGUACUGGAUUGCCCCACCAGGUGGGGAACAAAGCAAAAAAUGAUUGCGCGCAUUCUUGAACAAGGCCCUGCCAUUCGGAGGGUUUUGGAUGACCGGCGCACACAACACCUAAUUCCGACGUGGCAGGACAUGGAGGUCAUGGAAUCGGUGAAUGCAGCCCUGAAAAAAGUUGCCGAUUUCACGGAUGCACUGUCUUCUGAGCGAGCAGUGACUGCAUCCUCUUUGAAACCGGUGCUGCAGCUAGUCACCGAGGAUCUGCUGCUCCCCGCUGAGGAGGACACCCAAUUGACGCGCAACCUGAAAGAAAAAAUGUCUGCCGUUUUGAUGGAAAAAUACAGUGCACCCUCAACUCAACAGCUAUUGGCAAAGACCGCGUUUGUCGACCCUAGGUAUAAGGACAUUGACAUUUCUGACGAGGUGAAGGAUGAGCUCAUGCAGGAGAUGAUGAAUGUCCCCGAAGAGCAGCGUGAUGACGGUGAUGGAAAGGGAGCAAGUGCACCCAACCCUCCCAAAAAACCGAAUCUGGCUGACUUACUUGGGAAAAAAAAAGAAAAAACAUCUACUCCGACCCCAAGAGAAUUCGUGUAG